GUGGCUUUAUCCCUCCAACCUCCCAGCCGUGUGGACACUGAUUAACUGCAGCUGGGAUCUAGUUUAUCCAACCUGGCUUUGGAACUGACCAAUGAGUUCUUUCUCAAGGAAUGCGCCCCGCUAACGGCAGAGGAGGAGGUGGUGGUCCUUUGCAACAUGGGUGUCCUGGUUCUGACUGCCUAGGAGAAGGUAUUGAGUGGCCUUCACGUUCAGUCUGCAGUCUACUUUGAGCUCGCAUCUCCCAUCCCGAGCGGGCCUUCCAAGCACCCUUUACUUGGUGGUCCCUUUCCUAUCUGAGUUGACGUUUCCCCCGUCAUGUGAGGCCGGCUUCCAAGCCACGGAGCAAUCCUGGUACACAUCUGUACUAUUUUUGGGUGUAUUACAAGUGGAUAAAUAAUGUGCACUGCUCUGAGCCCAAAGGUACGCAGUGGACCUGGCCUCUCUGAUAUGCAUCAGUAUAGCCAGUGGCUGGCCAGCAGACAUGAAGCUAAUUUGCUCCCGAUGAAAGAAGACCUGGCCCUGUGGCUAACCAACCUCUUAGGGAAGGAAAUUACAGCAGAAACUUUUAUGGAGAAAUUGGAUAAUGGUGCCUUGCUCUGUCAACUUGCAGAAAGUGUGCAAGAAAAAUUCAAAGAGUGCAUGGAUGCUAACAAGCCCACAAAGAAUCUGCCCUUGAAGAAAAUCCCAUGCAAAGCCAGUGCACCCUCAGGCUCCUUUUUUGCCCGAGACAAUACAGCAAAUUUCUUAUCCUGGUGCCGAGAUUUAGGGGUAGAUGAAACAUGUCUAUUUGAAUCGGAAGGUUUGGUUCUCCACAAGCAACCUAGAGAAGUGUGUCUCUGUUUGCUAGAGCUUGGCCGAAUUGCAGCCAGGUAUGGUGUGGAGCCUCCGGGUUUGAUAAAGUUGGAAAAAGAGAUUGAACAAGAAGAAACCCUUUCUGCCCCUUCUCCUUCACCUUCACCUUCAUCAAAAUCACCUGGAAAAAAGAGUACAGGAAAUUUACUGGAUGAUGCUGUGAAACGUAUUUCUGAAGAUCCUCCUUGCAAAUGCCCAACCAAGUUCUGUGUGGAAAGGCUUUCUCAAGGACGAUACCGAGUGGGAGAAAAAAUCCUCUUCAUUAGGAUGCUGCAUAACAAGCAUGUGAUGGUUCGUGUGGGCGGAGGAUGGGAAACCUUUGCAGGGUAUUUGUUGAAACAUGAUCCCUGCCGGAUGCUGCAGAUCUCCCGUGUGGAUGGCAAAACAUCCCCCAUCCAGAGCAAGUCUCCAACCCUUAAGGACAUGAAUCCAGACAGUUACCUGGUUGUCUCUGCCAACUAUAAGGCUAAGAAGGAGAUUAAAUGAAGCUAGUUGGUUGCUGCAAGGGGACUAUCAUAAUGGCCUGUAUCCACUUAUCCAGUGUAGUCAUUUUAGUUCAUAUGCUCUGAAAAGUACUUGGGAAAAAAAAGAUGCAGCAGACAGAAAACAUCACAGCAUAUUGAAGAAGGUUCAGAGAGUAGCACUAUUUAUUUGUAAUGCUUCUGUAGAGGAUGACAAAGAAAUCUUAAAUUCAGAUUUAAAAACUGUAGGCAAAUUAUUUUUUUCUUAACUGUGAAUAUGGUAUUUAGCUUACAAUAUUAGAAACCCUAUUCGAAAUUCUAUUUAGAGAUGAAAUCUGGAGUUACAGUAAACUAUUUGGAAUUUACAGAUAAGUCAACAGAAAGUGCCUGCUUUAUGUCUACAGAGUAAAAGCACCCCAGACAUUUUAUAAUUGUGAUUCCAAGGUAUUUUAUAAAAAGCGAUAAUUGGUGUGAUAUUGUGCUACUAAAACUAUCCAACAACACUAUAAAUAAGUACCAAGUAUUAACUCACAAUAGCAAUACUUUACUGGAAAGGCCACUCAGAAAAGUUUACAUUUAUUUGGAAGGUUGCCUUAAAGUUUAUUCUUUAUCUAUGACCAAAUAUCUGGGGUACUUUGGGAUGUCUUGAGCAUACCCUUUAGGGAAUCUCAUCGAAAUGGUUUCUCACAGUCCUAAGUACAUGACUGUGUUCAGACUGACUUAGUGUAAUUCACACACAUGAGCUGACAUUCCUUUAUAUUUUGACAGAUGAAAUUGUACAGUCAAAAUGCUCACUUGGCAUCAAGGUAUUUUAAUGCAUUUUCUUAUUAAGAUAUAUCUUUAGUUAAUCCUACUUUGCUAUACUGUCUAGUAAAGUGAAUUCACUGUAGCCGAUGAUGUUACAGAUUCUGUAUACCCUUGUAUACUAGGACAGGCUGUUUUGUAUCAAUAAACAGCUAAGUAGUGUCCUUCCUGAUUCAAGAAUUAAAAAGAUACAUUUUUCAAAAUUAAAUGUCUCUUUAUCAGUACUUCAUUCUUUAAUAAACUCAGAUUCAAGUGGGACGUUUCCCUAAGAGUUACACGAAGAGUCCAAUGAUGUUUACCCUACUAUCUCUUCAGUGUGGCAGCUGAGUGAAUAGUGGUGGUGUCUGUUCUUUUCUCUAGUAUCCAAAUUGUUUCACAAAUAGUCCUUAAGUUGUUAUCUUAAAUAUAAAGACUAUAAACAGUGUUAAUUAGUUAGUUUCUCACUUUCUAACUACCAUGACAUUUAUCUUACUUUGGAAAAUUAACGAGGAUGGAUUUCAGUUUUCAAAGUAACUCCUUGGCAAAACACAAAUUCAGGAUGAUCCCACUCACUGAUGGUAUACAGAGAAAUAAAUAAAGAUAUGGACAAUAUCAAUCUAUAAGAAACCUAUACUGGAAUAUAGACCUGAAAGUUACAAGCUGAUGGUGAAGAGAGGUCUAGGGAAUUGCUAGGUUGACUGAAGGUAACCUUGAAACAUAGGUGGAGAGUGGAACACCUGAGUGGUAGUCAGGAGAGGUAAUAGUAUGCAGUAAAAUCAUAAGCUGUCAGUUAAAAAAUAAUUGGAUGGGUGUGUGGGGGGGGGGAGUCAAACCAGAGCUAGCAUUAGAGACAAGGGGGAAGGGUUAUGGGUACUUCAGUGGCAAUGGUGUAUAGUAACUUUGUACAUCAAUGCUGUUGUAACUGAAUUUCACUUAACCAACCACACUGAGACAGAGUCUAGUGGCAGGAGAACAAGGAGGUUUAUAUACAUCAACCACGUAAAGCACCUGAAACUAUCAGUGCCUGAUCAAGGGUCAAAGAGCAUAUAUAGGAUAUUCGUGCAAGCCUCAUCAUUCUUCCAUAUUCAUCUGGCGUUCAUCAGCAAAGUGGGGGAAGAAAGUUACAGCAUGGAAUCUUAUCUCACCAUGCAACAAGCAAUACAGCUCACAGCAAAGGAAGGGAGUUUCCUGGAACAAGGGAUCUUGUGGUUCACAAAAAUUUCAAGUUAUGGCAUUUCUCAAAGCUAAAAUUUUUCCACCCAUAGUCAUAAGUUCAAAGAAUAUGUCAUGAAAUAAAAAAUACAUAGCAUAAAACUACAUUAUUAUAC